CAAUCAUUAUCAUCAUCACCACCACCACCACCACCACCACUGCUGCUGCUAUCAUCACCACUAUAACAUGACGAUGCCUCAAUUAACUAUGGCAGAUCUCAAGGAAUUCCCAAGUCUCUACGCCUCGCCCAGAGAAGUAGGUGAUGUCCUCGUAGGCGAGGACGCUGCCCACCUUCUCAUUCAAGCGAGCUCGUCUGGCAACGCCGCAGACUUACAAAGCUUGCUACUCGAACCACAAUGGAUCAAGACAAUUCUCGACGAACCGCACUGCAUCUAUUAUGAGAGCCGUCCAAGUCAAGGUCCGAACGAUGCGCGCGAGGUGACAGCAAGGCGAAUGUCAAACUUAGAACGGGCUUUGACAGUAGCGACACAGAAUGGCCAAGCUGCUGUUGUGUCUACAUUACUUGCCUUCGCAACACGCCAGGGCAUUGAUGCUUCUGACUUCAUAACGAGACCGAUAAUCAACAAAGUCAUCAUUGCUGGUCACGCUGCUGUAUUCAAGGCUCUAGCAUCUGCAGACCCGACCAUCAUCAACUUCCCCAUGGGCCACGGCACGCUGCCGCUUUACGAGGCCGUGCGGCGAAGGCAACCCGAUCUAGUGGCUGUACUGCUCGGGCUUGGGGCAGAUCCUUUGCAUUCUGUUGAGCAGUCGAAAAGACUUGGGAGCUAUAACUCGUCUCUGUUAUCUCUCGCUGCAAUGGCUGAAGGCUUGCGCAUGACUGAGAUGCUGUUGCAACAUGGCACCCCUCUAGCUCAUACUGGUGCGCUACAUACUGCUGCACAUUAUGGUCAUAUUGAUACUAUGCGUCUCCUAAUACAGCAUGGCGCAGAUGUAAACGAGGUCCUUUCUAAUUGGCGGAGUUGGACGCCGAUGCAUUUUGCUGCCUUUAAGGGUCAAGUUGACGCCAUGAAGCUACUAGAGCAUUAUGGGGCACGUUCUGAUUUAAAGGACGUAGAUAGAAAGACACCUGCACAACUACUAGAAGAGCGUAGUACGGCUUAGCAUUAGGCUAUAGUGCACUCUCACCGAAACGUCGUUGAGCGACGCUCAGGCAGGUGAGGAACACUACUGAAGGGAAUUAGUCUCUAUCUAACCGACAUUGAGGCUGCUGGACGAGAAAGCGGUUAGCGAGCUGAUAUCUAAGAUGGAAAUAGUAUUACGAAUUCUAGGACACUAGUAUCAGGCUGCUGCUCAGCAAGCCUUUCCAGCAGUACCAUGGCUUACUAAGGGAAGGGAAGAGUUAAAAUUAAG